AUGCCCAUCGAUCUUGGCCUUCAGCGAAUCUCCCUCCUCUUGCUAAAGUUGGGUAACCCCCAGCUAUCCUGGAAAACGGUUCACGUGGCUGGAACCAACGGUAAAGGCUCGGUGGUGGCGUACCUCUCUCUGGUUCUCACGAGCUCCAGUUACAAAACCGGACGCUUCACGUCUCCACAUUUGAUCCGCAAGGCAGACUGCGUGUGCUUAAACAACGUCCCGGUGCUGGACCAGACAUUUGCACUGGCGGAGCGGCGGGUGCUUUCUGUUAACGAGGUUGAAAAGAUUGGAGCAACGGAGUUUGAAAUCUUGACCGCCACGGCGUUUGAGAUCUUUCAUUCGGCCAGGGUGCAGUUUGCGGUCAUUGAAGUGGGUCUUGGGGGCCGAUUGGAUGCCACAAACGUAAUCCCAGGUGCGAAUGGCGGGCUUGGGGUAGUUGCAACGGGGGUCACAAAAAUUGGGUUGGACCAUGAGGGAAUCCUCGGCAACACCAUUGGUGAAAUUGCCUGCGAAAAGGCCGGGAUUGCCAAGCAGAACAUUCCCAUGGUUGUGGACGCUACCAACGAAGUAGAGGCUCUCGCUUCAAUCACCAGAGUUGCAGGUACCCACAAAGCCCCAAUAACUAAAUCGGUUCCCGAUCUUUCCACCGUCACGGCCUUUGGUGACUUGUCCAACUUGCGGUCGCCGCUCCUUGGGGAGUACCAGCUUGCAAACCUUAUGGUGGCGUUGAAUAUCCUCCAGGUAAUUCUCCCCGUUGCCCCGCAAAUCACUCCGCAGCUGGUUAUAGCGGGCGUGGAAUCGGUUCAGUGGCCGGGGCGUCUACAAAAGCUUACGCUAUACUACAGACAGAACACGCCAGGCUUGCCUUUGCUCCUAGACGGGGCACACAACGGUCAGUCUGCGGUGGAGUUGUCUAGGUAUUUGGCUAAAAACAGAGAGGAGGGGCUUACCUUUGUGAUUGCGAUUACCAGGGGCAAGUCGCUAGCGCCGUUGCUCUCGAACUUGCUCCAACCGCAGGAUAAAGUGGUGGUCACCCUGUUUGGCCCGGUCGAUGGCAUGCCGUGGAUCGCGUGCAUGUCCCCGGCGGAGUUGCGGCUGGAGGUGUGCAGGUAUGUCGCGCCGGAGCGGGUGUUUGUGUGUGAGAACCAGGUUGCGGCGUUGGACAAGGCCCGGGAGUUGCACAGAGGGGUGGUUGUCUGUGGGAGUUUGUACUUGGUGGGGGACUUGCUAAGAGCACAUGAGCGAGUGCGCAGCACGAAUGAUGAUGCUAGCUCUGGAUUGAAAGAUGAGAAGACAUGA